CUAUGGGAUUCCGCUACUAGUGGAGUCGACUCCUAAAAUGGAAGAUCACCGAAGAAGAUUAUUAGAGGCAGUAUACGAAGUGAAGAAUUCCGUUCAGUGUAUGAUUGGCGUUGAUUGUCCGUUCCACAGCCUUGUAAUUUCGCCCUGCUGUAGUGGAAUAGUGUGUCAUAAAUGCGCAGACGAAUGGAUUGCACAACAGCCCGGUGCAAAUGCUGACGAGAAUCAUGACAUCGUCUGUCGUUGUCCGAAUUGCAACGUCGAGGGGUGGAGGCUUUCUGCAGCGCUGAGAUUCACUGCCAUGUCGGAUCUAGUGCAGAAUUUAGACACCGUCGUAUCGUUGGUGUCCAUGGCACCAGAGAUUCCUCUUCCGGGAAUGAGUUCGACUGUAAUCCCGCUGAAUACUUUCCGCUGCGCUUUUCCAGACAGUUUUGAUGGAUACGAAAACAAGGGGAAGUUUUACCUGAGCGGGAAUGACCUCACGCGGCUCAAUAUAUUCGCCACGAUCACGAAAGAAGUCCCAAUUUUUGGAAACUCUGACAUUGACUGUGAGCUGAUGGGCACUGAGCUCCAUAAAUACAUUCGUUUUUCCAUGGAUAUGGAAAAGGCGGUCCAGGAGUGGGCGCAGUUCUUGGCAAAACACACAGGUCGACCUACACUUGCAUCUUCUGCCUUCCUCCCCCGCAGUCUACAGAAGCCGCCAUCCGUCAAAGACCAGGCUUCGGUGUCGUGUUAUGUUUACGACUGGAUUAAACCGUUCCUUUCAAACUCGCCGGAGGUAGAGGAAUUGUUCGGUUAA